GUGCAAGGCCCUCCUGGGCAGGAUGGUCAAGUAUUUGUUACGAGAAAAGGAGCGCCUGGAAUAGCUGGACGUCCGGGAUCGGAAGGAGCACCGGGUGAACGUGGACCACCUGGCAGAGAUGGUACAGAAGGAGCGGAAGGUGCACGUGGCCCCAAGGGACGUGACGGGAAACCAGGCAGAGAUGGUCUUCCAGGAAAGGCAAGUCCUUAAUUCCUUCAAUUUUCUUUUAAUUUUUAAAUAUUUCAAUUGUACGCCUAACUGCAAUUAA